CUCACCGCACGCGGUAAAAUUGUAUCGAGGAGUUCACUGCGAUUUCAUGGUAAACCGAUCACUAAAUUUAUGAACUAGUUUGCGUGAGCAGUUUUUAUAACUGUGCAUCUUGGUAGACUAAUCGUUUAGUGUGAAUUUUUCGCAUUCUUUAUUCUGUGAUUUUCGAAGAUGUCAACUAGUUUGCCGAGUCACGCGCGAUAUUCACAGCCAAGCACCACUUCCUACAUUGAAAAACUGAGUGAUUGGGAUUCUCCAACGGACCCUUUGGCACCUCUGACAUCGGAACAAAAAGACAGCUAUUUGGAGCUUGCGUCUAUUGCAGGAAGUCGGCCACUGCCAAUAGAGUUGCCUUUAGAUGAACCUGUGAAUAUUCGCCAUAAAAUUUCAUCAAAACAAGUUCAUCCUUCUGGUUCCAUUGAAGAUGUUUUAUCUCAAGGAUUUGCAGAGUUGGGAAUGGCAAAUGAAAAGAUUCAAGACGUGCAACAGUUUUACAAUUGGUUCAAUAAAGUAGAGGAAAAGAUGUCAGAAUUGGAGGCUGAAGGAUACACAAAACAUGUUGAUAUCUUGAAAACCUACAAGGGACAUUGUAGUAAGAUUAUUGCAGAUAUUGAUCAAGCUCUGUCAUCACUCAAAGAACUUGAGCAUGAGUAUGUCUUUGUAUCAACAAAAACGAACGCUCUUCAUGAUGCUUGUGAACAACUGCUUGCUGAUCAAACAAAGUUAAUGAAUACUGCAGAAAGCAUCGAACACGAUCUUGAAUUCUUCAACGAACUUGACAGGAUUACCACAAAACUUCAUUCACCAAGCUUAGCUGUGACAGGAGAAUCAUUUCAAGCUCUGUUGACUCGCAUUGAUGAGUGUAUCAAAUUUAUGGAGACACAUUCAACAUACAAAGACAGUCUGGAUUAUUUGACAAAAUUCAAAGUAUGCUUGUCAAAUGCUCUGACAAUGAUUAAGGAUUAUAUUGUGAAAUCAUUGAAUGAAACAACAAAGAGUAUCUUGAAUCGCAAGGUUUCAGUGUUGCCAACUUCUCAAAGAGAUCAAUCACUUCUUGGUGGUGGCAGUGAAACAAAUAUUGUCCCUGUGCAGGAAGAUGCAUUUACACUUUAUUAUGGAAAAUUUCGAACAAAUGCUCCCCGGAUUCUAGGACUUGUGGAACAGAUUGAAAAGAGAAUUGAGCGAAAUGCUGAGUAUGGCAAUUAUCUUUUCGAAAUUCAUCAAUGUUAUUUCCGGCAACGUGAGCAGCUAGUUGGACCAUCGGUUACUACUGCUAUGUCUGACUUGUUGGCCGCAAACAAACAGGACCAAUGUGCUUUGGUUCGUAGUGGAUGUUCUUUCAUGGUUCAUGUAUGUGAAGAUGAACAUCAAUUAUACGGGCAUUUCUUUACAACACGAUCGAGCAAACUUGAUGAAAUGCUGAGACAACUAUGUGUCAAUUUGUAUGAUAUGUUGAGACCUCUCAUCAUUCAUGUAUAUCAUCUUGAAACGCUCGCGGAACUUUGUACAAUUUUGAAAACAGAAAUGAUUGACGAUCAUGUUCAGAACAAUCCUGAACAACUUCAAGCAUUUGAAUAUGUGGUAAAACAAAUGUUGGAAGACGUUCAAGAAAGACUGGUUUUCAGAGCGAAUAUACACAUUAGAGAUGAUAUUCUUGGUUAUAAACCUGCACCUGGGGAUCUUGCAUAUCCAGAAAAGUUACAAAUGAUGGAGGACAUAGCAAAGAGUUUAAAAGAAGCAGCGUCAAAACAAGCAUCAGAAAGAUCUUUCAUUGAAAUUAAACUUGACGAUGAACAAGAACAAGCUGAAUCCAGUAAACUGUUGAAUACAAGUAUGCCAGGUAGUGAAGCACAAAAUAUGGAAAAUUCGAUAAGAUCAGGUUUACAACAGAAUCAACAACAAAGGUUUCAAACCUCACCUGCUGAUAUGCAUGGAAUGUGGUUUCCUACUGUUAGAAGAGUCCUCGUUUGUCUUUCCAAAUUAUACAGAUGCAUAGAUAAAACAAUAUUCCAAGGUUUGUCACAAGAAGCAUUGCAAGCAUGCGUUCAGUCCUUAGUACGAGCCAGCAAUUUUAUACGUACACAGGAAUUUGCAUUGCAAAGUGCUAAAGGUGCCGCAAGCAAAUCUGUGAAACCUAAGGUUGUUGACAGUCAGCUAUUUCUAAUUAAACAUCUAUUGAUACUACGAGAACAAAUAGCUCCUUUUCAUGCAGAAUUUGCUAUUCGUGAGACACAGCUUGAUUUCAGCCGAACAAAAGACGUGGCAUACCAGAUGUUUGAAUUCAGCACUAUACCAAAAUUACUGAGGGUAAAUUCAAACAAUGCAUUGCUGCAGUUUUUCUCUGAUGGUGCUCCAGAAGUUAAAGAAUUUUAUAUCGACAGUAAAAAAGAUGUCGACAGACAACUGAAAUAUGUAUGUGAAGAAUUCAUAGAACAUGUCACGAAAGUUUUGAUUGGGGUUCUCGAUGAUUACCUGUCUAAGGCGAAGUUAGUUCUAAAUGUGUCUCGAGAGGAAGGAGGACCAAAAACUUCACUUCGACACCAAACCUUUGCUACACCAGAACAUCUUAAAGAAGUCGUAUCUAGUGCUUAUCGAGAUCUCAAACUUAAAGCUAAAUCGAUUCACGGAAGUCUGUCUUUAUAUUUAGCAAAUCGGGACACUGAGAAUAUACUUUUCAAACCAAUUAAGCUCAAUGUCCAGCAAGCUUAUCAACAACUCGACAUGAUAUUGCUAGAAAACUAUACAGAUGAAGAUCGAGCUAUUAUCGCUGCUCCUUCACCAGAUCAGAUGGGUAUUGCUUCUUUGCUUACGAUAACCGAACCCGGUGCAGAAGACAAUAAGGUUCUUGUCUGCUAUGCUACUGUUGGAUUAAUCGCUAUGCCGACAAUGAUUUCAUCUCUUAUUAUGGCGGCCAUUGCUAUGGAUAGAUAUAUAUGGGUUCGAAAUCCAUUUCGUGAUAAAAGCUCUGAUAAUAAAAAGUUGGCUGUCAUCCUCACAGCUAUAUGGAUCAUCUCCAUAUUGGUCGGAUUUGCACCAUUAAUGGGAUGGAGAAAUGAAGAAGCGACUUUUCCAUACGGGAGAUGUAUCUUUCUUAUAGUUGUUGCACCAUCCUAUAUAUUAUUCGUAUUUUUUGGAUUUUUUCUACCAACCGUCUCUGUCACAGCAUAUCUUCAUAUUGUCAUGUGCAAAGUUUCUAAAGAGCAAGGACAGAAGAUUGCAGCUUGCGAAGUCCAAAUUCGAUUUAAAAAUCGACUUCGCAAUUUGAAAAAUGAAAAUGUGAUCGAAGAAAAAAGUUCAUCUGUAGCAUAUAAAGAUACAAAAGAUGAUGAAAUUGACGUUUCCAUAACAAGACCUCGGAAUUAUUCAAUAUUCAGUGUUUCGCAACCUCCACCCCGAUCUCAAAGUGAAGGCGGGGAUCCUCUACCAGCUAUCAGACGUAUGGAAGCAAAUGAUGCCGUGGUAUUUUCACAAUCAAUUCCAACUCCCUCCAUCUCGUCUGAACAUUGUGAUGAUAGUCAAAAUCCACAAUUGCCUAAAUUUUUGAACAACUUGAAACCGAUGAAAUGGUCCCGAACAGUGAUCUUGAUAUUAGGAUUGUUUGUUUGUAUGUGGAUGCCAUUCUGGCUUGCUUGUGUAGUGCAGGCGAUCUGCACAGAUAACUGUCAUCUGGAGAAUUUGGUCAGCACAUAUCUUGUCAUACCUGGUAUCGCUAAUUCAGCAGUCAAUCCACUGGUUUAUAUAUCGACCGAUAAAAGAUUGAAGAAACAUUUUUGUCAAUGCUUCUUUGAAUCUGCCAAUAGUGAAACAUCAUCUGUCUCUUUUUCUUCACAUUCUUCUCAUGAAGCUUAACUUUAUCUGCCUUUCUCACUAGUCAAUACCAACUUUGAUUUGUUGCUUAUUUUGGUUUUAACCGUUGUCGAUGUUGAUCGUAAUGAAGAAAUAUUUUAUGUGGAAGUGUAUUGACUGUUUUACAAUUUAUACCGGUGUGACUAAUAUGAAUAAAACUACCUUUGUUUUUGUGA